AUGUCACUCACUUGGCUUUGUCAGCUCAUUGCUGCCUUGCUCGCUCAUGUUGUACCACUGCCAUUUUUGCCUCAAAGGCUUCAAAAGUUCUCAAGCUUCAAAGAUGAGGAAAGAGUUUGGACACGAUUUAUCCAGACAUACCCUGGACAAGCAGUGCAGUCACUUGGACAAGCCAAAACCUUAUUUGACAGCAUUAGGGCGGAACAAGAAGCACUAGGUCUUGAUCCAUGGGUACCUUUCGCAGGCAAAGAGGAAUGGAGACUGGUGAAGUGGUUGAUAGCAAGGGUAGGCCAGACUGCAAUUGAUGAGUUUAUGAAACUGCCCAUUACUGACCACAUGAAGAUGUCUUUUACCAGUAAAUACACACUGAUAAAGGCCAUCAAUAACCUGCCUUGUGGGAUGGAAUUGCAACUCAAGAGCAUACAUGUUAAUGGAAACUUACAUGGCACAAAUGGGCAGCACAAGUGUGAAGAUCUUGAACUAUGGAUGAGGAACCCUGUUGACUGUAUACAUGAACUUAUGGCUAACCCUGAGUUUGAUGGCAAAGACUCAUACUCACCCAAGAGGGUUUUUUUGGAUGUUGAGGGUAAAACUGGAGAAUGGUGGUGGGAGAUGCAGGUAAGGGCAGUAGUUGCACCAGUCAUCCUCACAUUGGAUAAAACCUCAUUGUCACAAUUCUGUGGUGAUCAAGAGGAUGUUCGUUGUCAACCAUCAAAACACACUGCAGUACUGAUUGCUUACUUACCUGUGACGAAGUUGGAUGCUGGCAAUGAUGGCAUCAAUGUCACUUGCCCUGAUCACCAAGUGCAUAGGAUGCAUCCCAUCAUUGCAGCAUAUGUAGCAGAGUUUCCCAAACAAUGCUUGGUGGCCUGUUGCAUGGAAAAUCAAUGCCUGAAGUGUGUUGUGGGACACAAUGAGUGUGGCAGAAUGAUGAAGUUGGCAAUGUGCAAUCAAGAUUUAAUGCUGGAAAAUUUAUGCUUGCAUAACAACAGCAGUAUGAGUAAUGGACAGUUUGAGGGAGAACUAGGACUACAAGCUAUCUACUCACCAUUCUGGUCAACACUCCUGCACAAUGACAUCUUCCUGUGUAUCACCCCCAACAUUCUACACCAGCUGCACAAAGGUGUUUUUAAGGAUCACCUUGUCAGCUGGUGCUCUGAUAUCAUAGGUGAGGAGGAACUUGACACAUUUUUCCUCAGAGUCAUUGCUGGUGCCAUCGACAAUCAAGUUCUUGCUGCAGUUCAUGGUGUGUUAAAUUUUAUCUACUAUGUGCAGUAUCAGAUGCACACAGAUGUGACACUUUCACAUAUGCAUAACCCACUUACAUCAUUCCACACCAACAAGGCCAUUUUCCUCAAUCUUGGAGUGUGGGAACACUUCAAUAUACCCAAACUCCAUUUGAUGCUUCACUACAUUGAUGCCAUUCAUCUGUUUGGAAGUCUUCCUGAACAUCUGCACAUCAAUUUCACUAAGUGUGCGUACCACACCUCUAAUCAAUGCGACUAUGUGAUACAAAUGACUAUCUGGUUGCAAUGA